AGAAAUCUUCAUCAACUUAUGCGCAUGCGCGGUCUGCGCAUAGGCAUAUAGCGCAUCGGGAUCCUUCACCGCUGAGGCAACUGUACAGGUUGAUAAUCUAAGAUAUAGCUUUCAUCGCUGGUAUACUGGGAAACAUCACGAUGCCGAGUAAGCAGUACGAGUGCUGCGGUCUAGGCUUGCAGGUACGAAGUCUUGUCGUUGAAGAUCGUGCCUCUUGAUGCAGGUGGCCGUAUUGAAGGGCUACCGCCGGAGCAUCACUUCGCAGAUCUGAACGCACGCCGCCAGAGCACGUCGAGCUUGAUAUGUAUCACUUCACACGCGCAUGCACGCUGUGCGAAGCAUUCGCAGGAUACUUAGCCAUUCGCCACUUCUCAACCCAUCCUCGAGGGAUAUCGUGAUAAUCCCUCCGACUACGACCCCACAUCGCCGUCGAACCCCGCCAGACCAUGGAAGGUACCGUAGAGUUCAAAGUCGACGGCGUCGACGCGCCCUGCAAGACGUGGUACAAGGUCUUCGGCGACCUCAAGUCCCGCCGCCCCCUCGUCGCUCUCCACGGUGGCCCGGGUAUCGCCCACAACUACCUCCUCUCCCUCGCCGACCUCGUCGGCACCCACGCUAUUCCCGUCGUCCUCUAUGAUCAGCUUGGGAAUGGCAACUCAACCCAUCUCCCUGACAAGAUGGGCGACACGGCGUUCUGGACGGAGAAGCUGUUCAUCGCCCAGCUCGAGGGCCUGCUCGACCACCUCUGCAUUCAGGACGACUUUGACCUCUUAGGCCACUCUUGGGGCGGGAUGUUGGGUGCGCGCUUCGCCACCACCCACCCACCGGGUCUGAAGAACCUGAUCAUUUCGGACUCACCUGCGAGCAUGAAGCUCUGGGUAGAGGCAGCGAAUAAGCUGCGUGCUCAGCUGCCACAGAAUAUUCAGGACACGCUCGAUAAGCACGAGACGGACGGGACGACCGAUUCCGAGGAGUACCAGGGCGCGGUCAUGUUCUUCUACUCGCGCCACCUCUGUCGGCUCAAUCCGAUGCCGCAGGACGUGCAGGACGUCUUCCAGUGGCUCGAGAAGGAUCCGACCGUAUACCUAACCAUGAACGGCCCAUCGGAGUUCCAUAUCACGGGCUCGCUGAAGAACUGGUCCAUUGUCGACGAUAUCGCCCUCAUCAACGUUCCUACUCUCCUGCUGAACGGACGCUACGACGAAGCGCAGGACAGCGUGGUCGUGCCCUACUUCCGCGGGAUCCAAAAGGUCAAGUGGUUCACAUUCACGGAGUCCAGCCACACGCCGCAGUACGAGGAGCGGGAGAAGUACGUGCGGCUCGUGGGGGACUUCUUGACGCAGGGUUUGUAAAGCGC